AUGCGUUACGCAGCGGCUUAUGUUCUUUCAGUUCUUGCUGGUAAUACAAAUCCAGAUGUAUCAACAAUAUCAAAAAUUCUUGGUAGUGUUGGUAUUGAUUGUGAUAAUACAAAAGCACAAAAAGUUAUUGAUGCAUGCAAAGGAAAAGAUCUUGAACAAAUUAUUGCUGAAGGUUCAAAGAAACUAUCAAGUUUACCAGCUGGUGGUGGUGCUGUAGCAGCAAGUGGAAGUACUGGUGGUGCACCAGCAGCAGCAACAACUGAUGCUAAGAAAGGUGGUGCUAAAGAAGAACCCAAGAAAGAGGAAAAGAAAAAAGAGGACUCCGAUGAAGAAGGAGAUGAUAUGGGUUUUGGUUUAUUUGAUUAA